AUGGCAGAGCCAGUGGGCCUCGCUUCCGCGAUCUUAGCACUCACCACCUUUGCGUUGAAGGCUACCGUCUCACUCUACGAUGAUGUCAGCACUUUCCGCACCCAUCCCAAAAGAGUCCGUGAUCUCCUUGAAGAACUGCAUGCUCUGAGAGGGGUCUUGGAAAUGCUCAUGAAAACCGCUGGCGCUGCUACCGACGUGGAUUUCUCAGCACUCGGUGUCCCUUUGCAACGAUGUGGCGAAGCCUGCGAGGAGUUUGGCCAAGAGCUAACCAAGUGCUGCGCACGGUCCAAUGCGGAUCGAACAAGUUUCCGCGACUGGGCUAAGAUGAAGUACAUGGGUAACGAUAUUGAUGGCUUCCGGCAGCAGCUGGCUAGCUAUAAAUCUACGAUCAAUAUCGCCCUGACAGAUGCAAGCCUUCGCGUGUCAUCUAUCACGACGAAGACUCUCGAGGAUCACAAAGAGCUAAUCAGGAACGCUACUGAUGAUUUGGAGGCUCAUCUCGAGAGCAUCAAUGAGAAACUCGAGGCAAUGAUCGAACGCACUGUGUCAGCUUCUGAUACCGAUGCAGCCGAUUUACGUCGUAUACAGAAUGAGCGAGUUAGCACAGAGAAGGGCCUUCAAAUCUGUCGCCAGCUCUCAGAUCAUAUCAAGGAGUUACAGCUCAGCUAUGCUGGGACAGGCACGGACUCACUAAGGAUCCUAGAUUCCGACCGUCUACCGAAUAGAAUCGUCAACGAAUCCUUGCAGGAGUGCACGGGAAGCCUCAGAGUUGCUACUGAACAAUUAGAAGGAUACGAGCGGAAGGUGAUGGACCGGUUGAUGGCCAAGUCAAAAUUGGCGAUGACUGAUGAGGAUGGAGCUGAUCUCGAAAGACUCCGAAGUGAGUUGGAAACCACUCGCCAAUCGAUAAAUAUCUGCAACCGGGCCGAAAUGCGCUUGCAACAAAACAUCAGCGUAAUCGAAAAUUACGCCACUGGAGAUCAGACCGUUCAAUUCUUAGCCUCGGCGAACGAAAAGACCAUAAAUGGAAAAAACACCGGAUUUGGGUGGGCCCAGCGGCAGAUCGGUGGGCAUUUCGACAACGAGACUAUACGGCAGCUUUCCCAGGACGCCUUCAAACCGGUCACACGACACGGCAGGAACGAUGAAUCUCAGAGUCAGGACCACACUCCUUCACGUCCUAGACCUAUCCCUAAUGAUCAAGACGUAUCCAAGUUCAGCGAUCGUUGGGGGGGAGGUCACAAGCUCAGUUCCACGUCUUACUCUGACCGUACAGUACAGAUUAACCCUUUCCCAAACCAGGACCUGCCAUCUGGUUCAUCUACAGGUAGUUAG